AUGUCCACAUUACCUAUUCCACUGCCUGAAGGUACACCCUCGCCCCAGCUUCACCAGGGAAGGCCCAGAAAUGUGACUGAUCGAGCACCCGUCGAAGUGCUGGCUCAUAUUUUUCAGUUCUACAUCGAGCCACUCGACUCGGAGGCCACAAUAUUCAACCAUCCUUGUGUCCAGCCCAAGGACGUUCUUCCUCUCGGGGCUGUAUGUCAACGAUGGCGCAUGAUUGCAUGGGAUUGGCCACGUCUGUGGAACUCUCUUACGUUCAGACUGCACUCCACGACGACAGAGGAGAUGGUUCAGCUUGCCAUCGAGUGGCUUGGUCGUUCCGGACGUCUUUCUCUUUCAAUCUUUCUCCGUGAAGACUUCGAAUAUUUCGAGACGAAAACCUCUGAACUUCUCAUCCCUCUAGCGGACACUGUCUCUCAGGUCCUUCAUCGUUGUCAUUACCUGAGACUAUCAGACCUAAUGCCCUCCGUACUUUCUCAUAUCUCUGUGGUGCACCCCAUUGAUUCACCAACUGUUCUAAAAACAUUGAUUGUCGAAUGUGAUGAGAACUUAUAUAACAUAACACCUCUCUUGAAUUUCGGGACGGCAGCACCACUCGUUCUAACCAUCGCAUAUAUCAAGCUGGACCGCAUUGUCAUGGACUGGAACAAUCUUACGGAACUUGUUGCAUAUUGUUUAUAUCUCGACGAAAUCUUGCAAGUACUUGCUCUAGCUCCUAAAAUUGUCAAACUCCAUAUUUUUAUGGAGUUUCAUUCUCAAGAUAAUCAUAACAGACCCGUGGAAUCCCGAUCCUUACACUGUGCAAACUUACGAGACCUCUACUUGGAUACCUUCGAUCCAUAUAGAAGACCUGGUAGCGGUGAGAUCGUUUCGACCUUUCUCAGGACCACUACACUCCCAAGCUUGACUACUUUUCGCGUUCAACAUUCUCCCCCUUUUCCAACACUAGUUUUCCUGGAUUUUGUUUGCCGUUCUGGUUGCACUAUUACCAAACUCUCUCUUAAUGAAGAGUGUAUCUCGGUCGACGACCUUGUCAUGCUUGCCAAAGGUCUUCCCGCAGUGACAUCUUUUUCUUUUCAUCUCUGUCCAGACGACUCCCAUAUACAGCUCUCGCCAUUGCACGACCUGUUAAGAGUGUUCUGUUUGGAUGACCAAUUCCACGACCACGACGAUGUUUUGUUUCCGAAUCUAAAACAUAUCUCAGUAGGAUCAAUCAAACCGGUUCCCUGGGAGCUUCUUCCUGGAUUAAAAUGGAAAUAUUCCUAUUGGCAGGAUGGAACCCGUUCAGUACAACGAGGCCGACCGAAUUUGGAAUCGAUCUUUGCUAUUCACGAUUUUGAAGAUUCGCUGUAUGUUGGCUCACGAUUGGAGUACGCAGAGAAAUACCAUCCUCCAGAGAACUCUGACUCUGUCCCCGAGCAAUUGAUCCAGGAUUGGGAAACCUUUUAUAAACUCUGGCAGUUGACUGAAGACGUUUGUUUGACUGUUGGGAUCUGGCCAGAUGCUAUGGCGUCAGACUAUGCAGCAGAUCUGUUUGCGCUGUCGUACAGGGUACUUCCAAAGUUUGUUGGAGAACCUCCGGAGUAUAUAAGGAAGUCAUGGGAAGCAAAGAAAUGGCCGAUCUCCUGGACGAUACCCAAGGAUCAACAAAGAUACUAA